AUGAAGAGAAUAGGGACAGUAGCCGUGGUCACCUUGGUCAUGCUUGUUACUGCGACCAUACUUCUCUUGUAUAGUAAACAGAUUAAAUCUACCAUGACAGCAUCUUCCAUUUCUCAGCAAGAUUCACAUGUAAUUAUGGGACACAUGACGAAUCAAACAGAAAGAGCAGAGCUUGGAAGAGCAACAUGGAAGUUUUUACAUACGAUGAUGGCAAGAUAUCCUGAAAACCCGACAGAGCAGGAACGAGAGUCCCUGAAGGAAUUCAUGUUUCUUUUUUCAAAGUUGUAUCCUUGCGGAGAAUGUGCCCGUCAUUUCAAUCAAAUGAUUACUCAAUACCCACCACAGACUUCAUCAAGAGCAGCUGCUUCUCAAUGGUUAUGUGCAAUGCAUAAUAAUGUGAAUGAAAGGCUAAAGAAGCCAUUAUUUGAUUGCAACAAUAUUGAAGCAAAAUAUCCCUGUGGUUGUUCAGAAUAA